GAGCAAGUUCACAGCCAAGUCACAUAUUGGCUCUUAUUGGGUUCAUGUCCGUUUCAAAGCCUCUCAGGUCUUUGCGCUUGCACUACCGUAUCUGAUGUCUGAUAGCAAAUGUCCGACGUGAAUAUGCUUCUACGACCGCCGGUCAACCGCGCAAUGCGGCAACUUGACCGCGCUUUCUUCCAGAAGACCGUGCCUCUUGCAGCAGCCCGAAUCUUUAGCAACCAGCAAAUUUCUCAAUGUCGCAAAGAUCUGGAAAAGAGCCGGGAUCUUCUAAGGCACGAGAGGAUAUCGCCGAUACAACUGGCUCCCGGCGCGAAUAACACGGGACUGAAAUGUCUGCUACUAAAGCCAAACAUCAAGCACGACGAUGUCUCUACAUGGAGUGAGACCUUACGUGCUUUGGAGACGUCGAAGAAAGUAGAUGUGAUACCAUAUGAGCUACAGCUGAACUAUGAUUCAUGGGACUACUAUGACAUAAUGACAUCGGUGCUCCCCGAAGAUGAGCAAGAGGAAGUCCCUUCGGGCUUUUCCAUCAUCGGGCACGUUGCUCACCUUAACCUUCGCUCACAAUAUCUACCGUACAAAUCACUCAUCGCGUCUGUACUUCUGGACAAAAACCCACAAGUUCGCACCGUAAUAAACAAAAUUGACGAUGUUGGUGCGGAAAAUCCGUUUCGUACGUUUCCGUACGAGGUGUUAGCUGGACCCAAUGACUUAAAUGUGGAGGUUAAAGAGGAGGACUGUCUCUUUAGGUUCGAUUAUGCGAAGGUCUACUGGAAUCCAAGACUCCAUUCGGAACACAAGCGGCUAGUAAGUUUGUUUUCGGAAGGAGAGGCCGUAUGCGAUGUUAUGGCAGGAGUGGGUCCUUUUGCAGUGCCGGCUGGGAGAAAGAGGGUAUUCGUUUGGGCGAAUGACUUGAAUCCGGACUCUUAUGCUUCACUUGAGGAUGCCAUCAAAAGGAACAAGGUAUCACAGUAUGUGCGGCCUUUCUCCACCGAUGGGCGCCGCUUCAUCGUGGAUGCGACGCGCGACCUCUAUCACGCGACCAAACAGCACAAGGUUGAAAUCUUCUCUAAACCGUCGCGAAGUUCCAAGGAGGAAAAGAAGCUUCUCAAGACGCUAAUACAACCGCGAUAUUUCAGCCACUACGUCAUGAAUCUACCUGCAUCAGCGCUUUCCUUUCUAACCUCCUUUGUUGGCGUAUACCGUGCUGCGGACAUUCCACAAACACUAGAUGCACGACUACCAAAGAUUCACGUGUACUGCUUCUCCACGAAGUCUGAGGACAAUGUUGAAGAGGAAAAGAAGAUCUGUGCGGAAAUUACUGGUCUGCUAGGCAGGGAGAUGAGGCCGGGCAGUUCCCACGUGGAGGGAGAGGUUGAGAUUGUUGACGUUCGGGAUGUGGCCCCAAAUAAAAGAAUGUUUUGCGCCAGUUUCACACUGCCAAGCGAUGUUGCCUGGGCGAGGCCGAUGGCUUGAGACUCUGUUGACGAGAUGCUUUGUCUCGAGGGGCAAAUGUAAGGAGCUACUAUACGCAAACACAGCAAAAAUGCGAUUAUGCUCCCGUUAUGCACCCAAAUCUGUCCAUCCGGAGAUUACUAUGUAACACAACCACUAGCAGCUCGGCAACAGUAGGCAUAGCAGGGGACUUCUGCAAAAGCUGAAAUCUCAAAGUUCUCGAUGCCUUUUACAAAGCUUGGUACUCUCCACAAAGGACUCCUCCUACCUGCUACAUGAACAGAAUUUGAUGUUUCAAACCUUUCUCGUGCUAAUUCCGAACACUACGAACUGGAACGGAGGCCAGGUUUCGCAAUCUCGCUUUUUUCUCGCCGUGGAUCACCUCGCAGUUCGCGAAAGGCGCUUCUAGAAAUCCGUCAGCAUUCAGUCUUGAGGCUUAAUCUCCAAUAAUCACGUGACCGAAGGAAUUCCUUAGGAAAUGGAUAUCAUAUCUUCAGUUGUAUUACCCGCUAUCAAUGCAAACAGUCCUUCAGCAUGCGGCCUUACUUUUAAAUUACAGCGUUAACAUGAUCAACUGAAGCUACAUCUUGGACGACAUAACCUACAACAUGAUCGUAUCCAAGACAGCUUUCAAAUUGAAGAAGGGUUGUUGACUGUGCUCUGAGAUAAUGGAGGUAGGUAUCAUGCAUUGUCAGGUUUAGCAAAGAUAAGCUUACUCUUUAAUUUAAAAGCCCG